AUGAGCUCGGUUCCAUGUAGUUCAACGAACGGUAUUAUACAUCAGCNACACGUGCCACAAGCAUUGUUAGAAGGUGAGAUGCCAAUGCCCGGGGCUAUAACCGGCUCCAAACAACCCAACUCUAUACGAUCGUUCUAUGUGAAACCAAAUGGAUCCACAAUGGUCAAAGAAUUGCACUGUUUUAUUGCUCAACACCUGGCCACAUUCAACAGGCACGGUAUUCCCCAAGUGAUGAUUUUGGAGAACCUGCAUCACAUACAAGGCUCCUUGGUUGAGAUGCUCGACUCACUGAACAAGAAUUACACCACACCUUGGCCCGUAAUUCUGGCCACCAGUGACUUGUUGAACGAUCAACUCAAGGUUUUAGAAACACGUUUCGCUGUUCAUUUUAUUGAACACUUGACCGACUUCGAUUCAACGGCGUCCUACUUGAGCUCUUACUUGAGACGUAAACUGGCUCAAGCUCGCCUCUUCAUACACCAACCCAAUCCGGAUCAGUCCAAACAUCCAUCUUCCGAGAGCGCUGAUCCUGACACGACCCUCACCCAGCUGGUCACGUGGAUUCCCAAAGUAUGGAAACAUUUGAAUAGGCUGUCCAAUGCUCAGCCGCAACACGCGUGUCCGGCAAUUUUCGGUUUACGUAUUUUCCUCGCUUGCCCUAUUGAUGUGGCCGCCUCGAAACACUGGUUCACCGAUCUGUGGAACAACUUGUUCAUCCCAUUCCUAUUCAAAACACGAUCUGCCGAUGACGUGACUCACACAUCGGACGCUCACACGGUCAGUUUGGCCGACUCGUUUGAUUGGAUCAUGGCCACCUGGCCUUGGCCGAGGGAAAAGUCCGAUGUGUUGUCGUCCGUGGGACGAGAUCUGAACGAUAUAGGCAAACCGGGGGAACAAUACUGGGCCCUUCCUCCGGCCUCACCCACGCCAAGUUCACAAAAGCAUAACACUAUGGUUUCGAACCGAAUCACACUUGCUCAAAACAGAACAAGUCAGGAUUCAGGUAUUAUCUCGGACGGUUAUCUGAAUGUGUACGGAUUAAAUGUGGACAAACGAUCUUCGAAGGGAUCGGAUUGCGUAUCAGUUGAUCCUAUCGAACGCUGUCCCACACCCUGUGGUACCAGUUCACCCUCACUGUCGUUCAACACUUCCUUACGACCCGGUUCUAAAACACCAGAACCACCUCAAACCCCGUCUCCGUGCUUAGUGAAGCGAAAUCAGGUAUCAUCUACACCCGUAGGAAGCAUAGACAGUCACGCUUAA